GAAACAUUUUUUCACUGCAUUAUUCUUGGUCUCAGGUUUUACCAGACUUAUAUUUCCUACAUUACUAGUAUUCUUGCCCUAAAUUUUUUUUUUUUUUGGCAAACAUUCCUUCCUCACGUUCUUAUCUGCUUCGGCACGCCAUAAUACAACUACAUCGUCAGGUGCAUCUUCGCUUUUCUCAACCUGAGGUAUAUAUCUAGGCAGACCAAACCAGAGAUACUAUGCCUUCGAACAAGAAUCGUCUGUACAUUGCUCUUUAUCCCAGUGGGGUCAGGGGAAACGAGGAACGCAGGUAACUAGCGUGUCUCCUUGGGGCUCACGUGUUGCAGGCUGACCGAUAUUAUAGAUACCAUUGGGCAUUCCUCAUUGGGCCGAAGGUUGAAAAGGGUGCCCACGUCCCCGGAAUGCGCUACCACGCCAGGAACAGACCAUUAGUCGGAUGGGAAUUUGAAGAGGUGCGGGUAGGCGAUGUUCGGUUCACAAACACACUACUUGCCCGUGUUACUAUUGCAAAGGUGGUCGACGAAAGGCGUCUAGUAGAGCUUUUUCGGGUUAUCCCAGUCGUGAAUGAUGAUCCGAAUUGGCGCUGCCGCAGCUGGAUCCAGCAGGCGCUGGCAGCGAUUGCGCAUGACCAAAGCUGCGUCAGCUCUUGCGAGCUGGAUUGGGCGAGGAUUGAGGCAUUUGCAAGGCAAUAUGUCGCUGAGAAAACUGCUGCAGGGAGAUAUGCAGAGCAUGAGGACAUGCUAAAGCCGAAACCUACGUACGAUCUUCUCGAGGAGAAGGAGACUAUAGCAUGAUGCGAGACAAGCUCAUUCGCCCAGAUCAGAAUGGAUCCGAGCUUCUGAUAAUGAGGCUCAGGUUUCACCACUCUCCCCACCACUUGCAGCGAGUUUUUUCCAUUUCUAGCUCUUCGGGAUAGGGGUCGAGCAGCGAGAACAGGGUUGCUUGCCAUUUCUCUCUGAGUAUAUUUCCGCGCCAUGCAGACGUAUAUUCCCAAUAUACGGGGUACCAUCCUGAAAACUCCCAGUCAAUAAUACUUACAAUUUUAUCCCCACGAACUAAGAUAUUAGACGGAUUCAA